AUGUAAAAUCAAUAACAUCUCGUCAGAGAAAUUUAUCUAAAAGAUAGAUCCAAUGCUUUUCUAAGACAAUAAUGGGGGUAAAUCUUUGAUUCACUUUUACCAUUACAAAAAACAACUCUUAUUGUUGAUACACUCUAGGAAGUUGACACUCUAAAAAUUAUAAAAGAAUUAUUGUCUAAAGAUCAUACAAUCACUGUGAUAUCAGACACAGUUGAUGCUAAUUAUAAUUGGUGUAAUUUGGUUAACCAGAAUUUUGAAAUUAUUGUUGCAGAUCUUCGUGCAGAGACUAAAUUGAAUUCAUAUUAAUAUAUUGGAAUAAAAUGGGUAUAUAUAUUAGUAUUAUAAUUAGUUACUAACCACAAAAUCCUAAUUGAUCAUUAUAUCAAAUGAUUUAAUACAUGAACAAUUAAUUAAUUAUUUUAAUAUCGCUUAUGAUAACAUUAUUGAAAUUCCUUACUUGCAAACUUAAUAAGAUGAAUUGUUUAUAAGUAUAUCUUAUGAUUAAAAAUUGACAUAUGUUUUGUAAUAGAUUAAAAACUCUAAUUCAGAGAUUGAUAGGGAUAUAGUUGUUUAUUGUGAAUCAUUAUAUCAAAUGGAUUAAAUAUUUUAAGCAAUCUAUUUUCAUAAUUAAUUAUCACAAUCAGAAGAAUUUGAAGUCCAUCAAAUAAUACCAUUCUAAUAAUAUUAUGAACAAUUUGGUUAACAAUUAAUGGAAAUGGUAUAUCCAUAAUAGAAGGGAAAAAGAAAGGUAUUUUUGACAUUAAAUUAUUAAUAACUAAGAAAAUAUUUGUAAAAUGUUUAAUCAAAAAUAUCAUUAAUUAUACAUAUGGGUUAUUAAACUACAGUCAAAACAUUUUUAGAAGAAAUAAAUAAUGCUAUUGUUUAUAAAUAAUAUAAUCUAAGCAGACAUGAUAUCAUCAUUCGUAACAGAAUUAGUUAUUAUCCUAAAAUUAUUUAUUUAUUUGGAUUUGAUGAAUUUAAAGAUUUAUAAGAACAUAAAUUAAUUUUUGAUGAAGAAUUCACUUUUAAUCCAUAAAAUACUAAAUUUUAUGCUUAAUAAUUCAAUAUUUAAAUUGAUUAAUUGUAAAAUGUAGUUGACUCAGAAUAUAGUUCAUUAUAAAACUAUAUUCCAUUAAUAUAUUAUGAACCAUUAUUGGAAGCAGAAAAUGAGACUUUUCAUUAUUAUAGUAGUGUUAUAUCUACACUAUUGACAGAUGGUGAAAUACUAUCAGAAGGUAAUGUUGAAAGUAAAAAGAAUCCAUUUAAAAGUUUUUAAAUUCAUCAAUAGAGAGAAUCAAUAAUAAGAUCAAAUCAUUAUUGGUCUAAAAUGGGAGAUAUUACUUCAUGGAUUUAAUUAAUAAAUAAAUUUAUUAUUUUUAUUGAAGAUAUCAAUUCUAAAGAUGAUGAAAAAGAAUAAGAGAAUUCUAAAAAUGAAUUAAUAAAAUGGUGUAGAUUAUAGAAUAUCAAUAUUCCAAAAAUGAUAUUGAUUCUAGCUUAUAAUGAAUACAUAAUUGAUUUAACCUAAAAAUAUGUAUUAAUUUCUCAUUAUUUAGGUAUCUGAAUAUUCAGUCAUUAAUAAAUGUUGUUCACUUGAUUAAUUAAAAUUGAAUAGAACUGUAUCUUUAAAGAAACAAUAAUCAAUGCCAGAACAUUCUGAAGACAUAUAAGCAUGUUUAUUAAGGCUAUUUUAUAAAGGUUUAAGUAUCUUUAGUGGUCAUAAGAGUGCUGGUUAUUAUAAUUAUGUUACCAACUAGAAAUUUAAAUUAUGUUAUAACAAUUUAAUGGCCAUAGUUGGAGACUUUCCUUUAACCUGUAUAAUUAUGGCAUUGCUGUAAAAGAAUCAAUAAUAUGAAAUUAAAUAUUCUACUAAAAUAGAUGAUAUUAUGAUACCAUAAUUGGCUCCAAAAGAAUUUGUUAAAGAAUACAAACUAUAAUUUAUAUAAAGAUAAUCAUUGCAUUUGAAUGAAAUCAACUUUAAUGGCAUAGGUUAAGUUCUGUUUAAUGAAUUAUGGAAACAUUAAUCAGGUCCUCAAUUAUCUUAGGAUUGUAUCUUACAACCUAAUAUUGAAAUGAAUUGUAUUACAGUUUUGUAUGAUCCUAAUGUGGCUAAAAAAGAAAUUAUAGAAUAGGAAUUGAAUAGUAAAAUUAAAGAAUUGUAGAAUUUUUAUAGAAAUUAAGUCAAAGAAAUACCAUAUGAGAAUGAUUCUAAAUUUAUAAUGCAAGCGUAUAAAUAUAUAAUUAAUAUAAUAGUGGCGGAAGUAUGAAGGAUUGGAUUGAAAAAAGUGCUUAUAAGACUUUCUUUAUAGAAGGUUUACCUUUAGAUAUAACUUAAGAAUUGCUUCAAGAAUUCUUGUCUGAAGUGAUGAUUUCAGAAAUGAAAUUGUAUAAAGAAGGUGAUAAAAUUACAGCUAGAAUAUCUCUUUAAGAUCAUGAAGAUUUACUUUAUUGUUUGGAAAAUAUUAAAGUAUAUAAAGACAAUCAAUUGAAAGUUUAUACUUAACAAGAUUAAUUUGAAUAUAAUGAAGAAAAACUACUUUUCAAUGAACAUUAUAAAGUAAUUAUCACUUGGAAUUUACAUUUAAACAAAGGUACUGCUAUUAUUAAAUUGAAUGCUCCAUAUAUAUUUAAUUCUGAAGAUUUUGAAACGAUUUAACAUCUGACAUAUAAAAUGAAUCUCAAGAGUGUUUAUGAGGAUGAGUAAUCAGUUAUGGCUGAUUUAAAAUAAUAAUGCAAAGAUAUUGAUAUCAAAUCAAUUUUAAUAGAUAAACAAUUAAGAUAUGAAAAUAAUGGAGAUCUAUAAUUAGAAAUACAAAAAUUAUUAUAGAAUAUUUCUUAAGAUUAAUAUAAAAUUGAAUCAAUUACUAAAUAACAUUGUAAAAGAAUUUUGGAGAUCAUAGUUUAUGAUAAAAAUAUUAUGGAAUAAUUUAUUCUUUUAAAUAAUCAGAUUAAAUAAUUUAGAGGAUUGAAAGUAUAAUUAAAAGUAAAACCUGUUUAUUAUCAUGAUUAUGAAGGACCUAUUGAAAUGAAAUAAAUAGUAGAGGAAAUCUUUGAUGAAAAGAAGAUUAAACUUGGUUAAUAUACUAUUACAAGUGAUGAUGAAUUUAAAAGAGUAAAAGUUACUAUUUAAUGUUGGAGUAAAUAAGAUCAUGAAUAAUUGAAUAAAGAAAUUUAAGAUGCUUUUACUCCAAAAAUCAUUAAGUCCUCAUAAGAUUUUGAUAUUACAGUUUUAUUUAGUUAAUCUGGUACAAGAUUUCUUAAAUUUUAAGAAGAAUCUUUAUAAAUUUUAAUUAGAUAAGAUUUUAUUAAUAAUCAAUUAUUUGUUAAUAGCUCUUUUAUUAAAUACAAUUAAUUAGUUAAUGCUAUUAAAUAAUUUGUUUCAGAUUGUUCAAAAAGUAUAAUAUAAAUUCCUAAGAAUUGUAUAAGAUUGAUAAUGGGAAAUGAUUCUCAAGGAUUAAAUGAAAUAAAGAAAAACUUUGACUUAAAGAGUGUUAAAUUCAAUAGUAUUUCAGGUGAAUUACAAUUAUUUGGUGAUCAGAAGAAUCUUGAUGCAGCUAUCAUAUCAAUUAGCGAAAUUAUAUCUUCAUAAUAAUAAUAAGAUAAACCUAUCAAUGCAUUAACUUGUAAUUAUUGUUUUGAUAAUAUGAAAAAUGGAUAUAUGUUACAAGGUUGUGGACAUAAGUUUUGUCUAUAAUGUAUAAUGUUUAGUAUUCAAAAUUCAUUAGGAGAUAUGACUUAAUUACCAAUUAAAUGUCCAUAAUGUAAUCAAGGUAUACUUUUAGCUGAUUUGUAUAUUUUAAUUGAUGAACCAAGUUGGGAAAAAUUAAUAAAAUUAUCUAUUAACAAAUGUAAUUAAUUUAUUAUAAUAAUAUUAGAUUUAUAGGAUCAUGCAGCAUAAAUUGCUUUUUGUUUGACUCCGAAUUGUCCAAUAAUUCAUUUCUAAAAGAUUCCAAGAUAUAUAUGUAAAAAAUGUUAGAAACAAUAUUGUAAUUCAUGCAGAGUAUAUAUAUAUAAUUAUUAUUCUAUAGACAGCAUAUCAUUAUGGAUAAACAUGUAGAGAAUUCAAAGCUGGUAAUGAAGAUUCUAUUAAUAUAUAUAUGAAGAAGAAUGAUGUAAGAAGAUGUCCUCAUUGCAAAAUAUUGAUAUAAAGAAUUGAUGGUUGUUAUAGAGUUACUUGUACAGGAUGUAAAAAGAGUAUUUGUUGGAAAAAUAAAGCAGAUGGUACACCAUGUAUGGCAAUUUUUGAAACAUCUUCAGAAUGUUAUUCACAUUUAACCAAAGAACAUGGUGGAUAUUGGUGAUAU